CCAUUUUUCAAAGCUAAAACGCCUCACGAGCAGAAACACAUCAGUAAGCUUCUCAAGAUCAGCACCACUCGGCGGCGGCGCGUCACGGCUUGAAUCUCCUUAAACAACACCGAAAAUGGCGGACAAGGCAGUGACUAUCAGAACAAGGAAGUUUAUGACAAAUCGUCUUCUUUCCAGGAAACAAUUUGUCAUUGACGUGUUGCACCCAGGAAGGCCUAAUGUUUCCAAGGCUGAGUUGAAGGAGAAAUUGGCGAGGAUGUACGAGGUUAAGGACCCGAAUGCCAUCUUUGUGUUCAAAUUCAGGACCCAUUUUGGUGGAGGAAAGUCUACCGGAUUUGGCUUGAUCUACGAUUCUGUUGAGAAUGCAAAGAAAUUCGAGCCUAAAUACAGGCUUAUCAGGGUAAUUUUGAUGUUUAUUAAUCAUUCUUUUCUGUAUUGUUCUGCAUGUUUCACUACAUACUUUAUUGUAUAGCGUUAGGCAAAUUUU